CGCCGCGGAUUCCGGAUCCCGGGUAGCUGUUGCCGACGCCGCCGCUGCAGCCACUGCAGGCAGCGCCGCCGCCACCGCCUGAGGCGUGGGCUUGGGAAGGAAGCAGUCACCUCGCUCGGAGCUUAGCUCGGAAGUGUCUUUGUCCCUUGCAGCCCUCCUACGGCAGAGUCUCCAAGAUUUGGGCCACAACAAAAAGUGCAUUUUGCCCAUUUGGCGGUGGAUAGAGAAACAGGAAGAGCACUGGACUUGGAGUCAGGAAUGACAAUGGAUAAAAGUGAGCUGGUACAGAAAGCCAAACUCGCUGAGCAGGCUGAGCGCUAUGAUGAUAUGGCUGCAGCCAUGAAGGCAGUCACAGAACAGGGGCAUGAACUCUCCAAUGAAGAGAGAAAUCUGCUCUCUGUUGCCUACAAGAAUGUGGUAGGUGCUCGCCGCUCUUCCUGGCGUGUCAUCUCCAGCAUUGAGCAGAAAACAGAGAGAAAUGAGAAGAAGCAGCAGAUGGGCAAAGAGUACCGUGAGAAGAUAGAGGCAGAACUGCAGGACAUCUGCAAUGAUGUUCUGGAACUGUUGGACAAAUAUCUUAUUCCCAAUGCUACACAACCUGAAAGUAAGGUGUUCUACUUGAAAAUGAAAGGAGAUUAUUUUAGGUAUCUUUCUGAAGUGGCAUCUGGAGACAACAAACAAACCACUGUGUCGAACUCCCAGCAGGCUUACCAGGAAGCAUUUGAAAUUAGUAAGAAAGAAAUGCAGCCUACACAUCCAAUUCGACUUGGUCUGGCACUUAAUUUCUCAGUCUUUUACUACGAGAUUCUGAACUCUCCUGAAAAGGCCUGCAGCCUGGCAAAAACGGCAUUUGAUGAAGCAAUUGCUGAAUUGGAUACACUGAAUGAAGAGUCUUAUAAAGACAGCACUCUGAUUAUGCAGUUACUUAGGGACAAUCUCACUCUGUGGACAUCAGAAAACCAGGGAGACGAAGGAGAUGCUGGGGAGGGAGAGAACUAAUGUUUCUCAUGCUUCGUGAUUUGUUCAGUGUCACUCUGUACCCUCCACACAUAUCCCUUGUGCGAUAAAAAAAAAAAAAAAUUGUACGUCGACUUUCGAUUUUUCACAGCCUCAGCCUAGCAAAAAUGGUUCAUGGGAUAAACAGCUGGUAUUUGUAUCUAAAACUCAGAUUGGUCACAUAAAUGCCACGGCAUUCUGAAGUUUUGAUUUUGAUUAACAUUUGACAGGAUUACUGUGUGUUUAAUUUUUUUUUUAAACUGAACACUGUGAUUAUGGGGUUUUGUAAUUUAGCGGAACUCUUACUGGUAGAAAAAAUAGACCCGAAUUAUGUGUAACUUUUUGGAAAGUUUAAUCUGAUGUCAAAACAAUCAUUGAAAUAGACAAUUCCAUUGUAAAGUUGUACAGAAAGUUAUAGAGAUUAUAUUGUGAUGCUGGAACUUGGAGUGAGACACACAUCACCUGGCAUUUGAGUUUAAUGGUAAUUCACAGUAAUGCUGCCUGUUGUUUGGAACUUAAAGACACUUGACCUGUUGGGGCUGUUGCCACUCAAAAGUUCAUGACCACAAAUAUCCACAGUGACUUCCUCUGAGGAAACUUGAAUCCUGAAAUUGAAAUUCUUUGUGGCAGAUAACUGGCUUAUGACACCUUGAAAAGUUCAAGUGCUCACAUAAUGCACCUGACUAAACCCCUCUUCCUGCAGCAGUAUGUUCACCGUGUUACCAGUUUGCAACUUGUGCUUCAAUAGUGGGAUCUAUUUUCAUUGUUAACACUGAGCUCAAGAAAAAAGCCGUGUGUUUUAUGAGUGACCUUAUCUGUUUCCUGGUUAAUACCUUUAAAAAUAAUGUUCUGAGUCAGGCAUGGUGGUGCAUGCAUGUAGUCACAACUGCUUGGGAGGCUGAGGCAGGAGGAUCGCCAAGCCUGGGAGUUUAAGGCUGCAGUGCCCUAUGGUUGCACCUGUGAAUAACUGCACUCCAGCCUGGGCAACAUAGCGAGACCUCAUCUCCAAAAGAAAAAAAAAAAAAAAAAAAGGAUUGAUGUUCUGUAGAGAUUGCCUUUCACUUGAGGAGUACUCUCAGUUUUCAGGUUCUUCAUAGCUCGGGGCUUUUAAAUUUUGAAUCUAAACAUUCUUUCCCACCAUUCUUUUUGACUAUUGACUUUGGUUUUCUCUUCUCUCCUAAGUUUCUGUCCCUCUGCUUCCUUACUUUUUUUUCCUUUUUGAAUUCUAUCUUUAUCUGUCUUUUGUUGACUUUUUAAUGCUAUAUAUGGGCAGGGGUAAGAGACAUUACUGAGCACCUUGGUGAGCAAGCCUGGCUUUAAAGAUUGAGAAGAGCUUCUGGCACCAGAGCUGUCUUCCUCCAGUUCUCCACACAGUGUUGCUCUUCAGUCAUACUAGGAUCUGAAUCAAAAAAGUAUUUUUAAAUAUCCAUGAUUUCUCCCUAUAUUGAGGCUGGCGUGGAUCAUGCUUUUUAGUGCCUGUCACCAGGUUUCCCAAGUGCACUCAUCCAGCUAAGCUCUCAGAUGUGUUUUAAGGAGACCCUGUAUUCAGGGAAGUUGUGUGGACACUGCAGUGGAGAGAAUUGGGAGUAGUCAGGCCUGUCAGUCUCACAGUAUCACCCCUCUACCUUUAAUAUUCCACCUAGCUGUAGAGUCCAUCUGUUUGUCCAUCUGCUGAAAUGAGAAAAGAAACAUUCAUGCACUGAUUUAAAACAAACCAAAAAAAAAAAA